AUGGCUCCGAUACGCAAGCGUCCGAGGGCCGAUGUUGAAGGCGACGAUAAUGUGAUAGCUGUUGAGAGUGCAACGUCAAAUUUACGACACGAGCCUAAUGCUAAAAAAGUGCGACUUUCUAUAAACCAAGCAUCUGCUUCGAAUACGCGCAACCGCCGCGACGGAAGCGCAGAAUCGUCCGCCAGCGAAGACGAUGUUGUACCAGAUGCCGAAGAUGAUUACUUGGCGGAUCCGACUGCGACUCAGUAUGAGAUAAUGCGCGAUAACGGGUUUAAGCAUCUAGAUAACCCAGACGAGGACGAUGAUCGAGCGACUCAGCGGUUUCUAGCAAGAAGUCAAUUGCUUGGAGACAACCAUGCUUCGGAUAACGCCAUCAUCAUGGAAAUUACAUGCUAUAAUUUCAUGUGCCACACGAGGCUACAUGUCGAAUUCGGGCCACUUAUAAAUUUCGUUGUUGGGAUGAACGGAAGUGGCAAGAGUGCCGUUCUGACGGCAGUUACGCUAUGUCUAGGAGGCAAAGCGGCGUCAACAAACCGCGGUGCAAGCAUGAAGACUUUAAUCAAAACUGGGGAAGAUCAAGCAGUCCUUAAGGUCAGGCUCAAAAACAAAGGGAACGAUGCUUACCAACCGGAUGUCUUUGGGCCCUCCAUCAUCGUCGAGCGACACUUCACAAGAUCCGGUACUGGUGGUUACAAGCUCAAAAACGAUAUUGGCAAAACAAUAUCGACGAAAAAGUCAGACGUGGAUGAUAUGAUUGAAUACUAUCAACUCAUGGUUGAUAACCCUAUGAACGUGCUUACCCAAGACGCUGCAAAAUCGUUCAUUACCUCAUCAACUCCAGCGCAAAAAUACAAAUUUUUCGUUGAAGGAGUCCAGCUCGAGGCUUUAGAUAAUGAUUACAAGCUAGUUGCUGACACCAUGGAUCAGAUUGCCAGCAAACUUCGGGAUUCCGAGGAUGAUCUGGCUGCUCACGAAAAAGAUCGCGAUGAUGCUAAGAAAAGAGCUGAUAUGAUCGAAGAGCGAAGUGGACUUAGGGCGGCUGCUAAACUCCUGCAAUGCCAAUGUGCAUGGUCACAAGUGGAGGAGGUCGAGCUUUCAUUGCGCAAGAAAGAAGAAGAACUCGAAGCGGCAAAAGAAGUAAUUAAAAUGCAAGAGAAACGCGCGGAGGAAGAGGCCCGGAAGUAUGAAGAAGCCAACAAUACACUUGAGCGAUGGAAGCAGGUUCAGACGCAACUCGAAGUUGACGCUGCGCCCGUACAAGAGGAAUACGAGAAUGCGAAGAAUCUCCAAAAAGACAUUCAGACGGAGCUUUUGAAACUUAAGGGUGAAAGAGACAAUGUUAAACAAAAUGUUAAGACUUUCGAAAACAAAGUUAAGUCGUAUAAGAAUGAUCUUCGAGCAGAAAUGCAACGUUUGGAGGAUCUAAAUGGAGGAGCUCAAGCACGAAAGUUAGAGGAAAUGGACCAAGCAAAGAUCACCGUUGCGGAGGCUAUCGCUGAUAUGGAGCGUCAUAAAACAGAGGGGCCACAGCUCGAGGAAGCUCGUAAGAUUGGCUCACUCGAGCUGAAAAAAGCAGAAGAGCUUCUGAAUCGAAAGCGUGAAGAGAUCCACAACGUCAACCAGGAAAUCCGUACAUUGGGUGAAAAGCAGGUGGAUCCAAUCGCAGGCUUUGACAGAAAGAUGCCCCAACUUAUCAGGGCAAUAAACAGCGAACGCCGUUUCCAGGAAAAGCCAAUUGGACCUAUUGGUAUGCACAUCAAACUGCUCAACCCAAUUUGGUCCUACACUAUAGAGUCUAUGUUAGGAGCAGUUCUGGCCGGCUUUAUCGUCACAAGCAAAGCCGAUCAGCAAAUCUUGGCCGAACUCAAGCGUCGACUUGGUAUGGAAUUUGUUCCGGUUCUCAUAGGGAACCAUAGUCGUAUCGACAUUUCACGGUCUGAACCCGAACACAACAUCGAUACAGUUCUACGUGUUCUCGAAAUUGACAAUGAGCUUGUCCGAAAUCAGCUAAUCAUUGGAAAUGCUAUCGAACAGUCUGUUCUUUUCGAGCGGCGCCAAGAAGGUUACGACUACAUGUAUGACCCCCGCGGAAAGCCAAGAAAUGUCAGGCAAUGCUUUACUCUUCACGACACGAGAAGAGAUGCUGGACAUCGCCUCUCCUGGAUAGGUGGUGGGAGAAACCAAGAUAUAAGCGGUGUGAAAUACCGGCUCACUCAGCGACCGCGAAUGCGUACAGACGUUGAUAAACAAAUUGAGCACCAACAGGGCAUACUCGUUCAGCUACAAAAGGAAUCAAGGGAUCUUGAGAACGCGCGCUCACAGGCUCAGCGUUCACUCAGAGAGUCAGAAGUGGGGAUUAUGAACCACAAGCGGAAUUUCAAGGUUCUCAAAGAUAAGAUACAGCGUGCAGAAGCGCGAGUAGAAGAUCUGGAGAAUGAAUUGGAGCAGGACAAUGGCGCCGAAAACAAAGUCCAAGGUUUGGAAGCCGAUCUGAAAGAGGCUGAGGGCGACCUGAAAAUGUAUGGGGAGACACUUGGCAACGUUAUGUUGGCCAUUGAGGAAUCGAACAAGAUCUCUCACACACGUAAACGAGAAGUAGACGCCCUGAAACUUCGUGUGGAGGAAAACGAACACAAAUUAAGGAAGGCUAUGGACAAAGUGAGAAAUAGCUCUCAGAUUCGCGAGCUCAGCCUUCGAGACAAGAAUGCUCAUAUCGAACUGAUCGAAGAGGCGAAGAGUGGAGCGCUUCGUGCCGAAAAGAAGAGAGACAUGGCGGUCGAGCAGGUGGAACAAUAUGUUGAGCAAGCAUCUGUUGUCAGUCUCAGAGUCAAUGUUCCUGAGAACAAGAAACCAGCAGAUCUAGAUGCCGAGUUCCAAGCCCUCAAGAGCCAGAUCAAAGAGUUUGAGAGGAAGCAGGGCGGUACAGACAAGGAGAUCAAUGACCGUUAUGUUGCUGCCAAUAAGAAGUUUCAAGAAGCCAAGUCGACGAGAGCAGAACUUGAGGAUCUUCUUGAAGUGCUACGGCAUUCCUUCGCCAAGCGUCUUGACAUGUUCCGGAGGUUUCAACAGCACAUCUCGGCACGUUCACGAAUCAAUUUCCAGUAUCUCCUGAGUGAGCGAGCUUUCCGUGGAAUUCUCAAUAUCGACCAUAAGUCAAAACAGCUAGAUGUUCACGUUGAGCCGGACAACACAACCAAGAGUGGAAAGGGGAGGAAAACCAAGACCCUGUCAGGAGGGGAGAAGUCUUUCUCUUCUAUCUGCUUGCUACUAGCUCUGUGGGAGGCAAUGGGCGCGCCAUUGAGAUGUUUGGAUGAGUAUGAUGUUUUCAUGGAUGAUGUCAACAGAGAUGUUAGUACCAAGAUGAUUAUCAGCGCUGCCCGACGAUCGGUGGGUCGCCAAUUCAUUCUCAUCACACCUAAAGCCUUGGGGUCCGGUGCUGGAGAUGACGCUGACGAUGUCAAAGUUAUCAAACUGAAAGAUCCUCGAAACCCGCAGCAACAAAUAGACGACAUGAUGAGGGCACACUAG